GCUGGCUGGGAAGCUCCCAGUUCUAAAGAGAGGCUGUUUACCAGAAGAGCAUAACAAGGGCAGGUCUGACUGCAAGGCUGGGAACGGGAGGCAGAGCCGCUGCCAAGGGGACCCCGGUUGGACCCUGGUUGGUCAGUCACCUGCAGGACGAAGGAGGUGAGGAUGCUGUUGACCUGGCUGCAAACAAUCCUCGUGGUCAGCAACAUGCUCCUGGCAAAAACCUAUGGAUCUGGAGGCUGCCUCUGGGACAACGACCACCUGUACCGGGCGGACCAGCCCUCUCCCGCGCCGGGCCUCCUCUGCCUCAACUGGCUGGACGCGCAGAGCGGCCUGGUAUCUGCCCCCGAGUCGGGCGCCGGCAACCACAGCUACUGCCGGAACCCGGACCAGGACCCACGUGGGCCCUGGUGCUACGUCAGCGGCGAGGCCGGCGCUCCCGAGAAGCGGCCUUGCAAGGACCUGCGCUGCCCAGAGACCACUUUCCAGGGCCCGCCAACCUCUACAACAGAAACCGAGGAGGUGUCUGAAGUGCCAGGAGGAGAUGAGGUGCAGGUGUUUGCUCCUGCCAACACCCUGCCUGCCCAGAGCGAGGCCGCUGCCGUGCAGCCAGUGAUUGGGAUCAGCCAGCGGGUGCGGGUGAACUCCAAAGAGAAAAAGGACCUGGGAACCCUGGGCUACGUGCUGGGCGUUACCAUGAUGGUGAUCAUCAUCGGCAUUGGAGCUGGCAUCGUCCUCGGUUACACCUACAAGAGGGGCAAGGACCUGAAAGAGCAGCAUGAGCGGAAGGUGUGUGAGAGGGAGAUGCAACGAAUCACCCUGCCCUUGUCUGCCUUCACCAACCCCACCUGUGAGAUCGUGGAUGAGAAGACCGUUGUGGUCCACGCCAGCCAGACUCCAGUUGACCUUCAGGAGGGCAGUGCCCCCCUCAUGGGCCAGGCGGGCACUCCAGGCGCCUGAGCCCCCCAUGAUGGGCAGGAGCCCAUGCAGACACUGGUGCAGUACCGCCUACCCACCUACAGCUGGGAGGAUCUACACUUUUUGUUGUGGUUAAAACCCCCCACUUAUUUUUUUGGUUUGUUUUUGGUGAAUCCUAAGACAAGCAGGUGGCACUGUGGGCUGAGGGUGAGGCUGGGUGGGGUCCUACCAAUGCUCUUCCUCCAUCCCGUGGAGCAGGAUUUUGCCCGUGGAUGGAGGCAGCGGCAGUCCCCACAGCAGUGCUGCCAGCAGGGGCUUCCAGUGCCCCGGAACUGAACCAGGGAUGGACAGGGAGCUCCCCCAGCUCCUCUGUGCUUUAUUGUCCAAGAUGGCCUCAGCCUCUGCCUCCCCAUGUGUUCUCCUUGGGCUUGAGUGGUGCACACUGUUAUUCACAGUUCAGGUCAUGUAGGUUGAGAAGCGGUGUUUAAAAAAGAUAUUUAGUUUUUUAAAUAUUUGGGAUGCAAUUCCCCGCUGACCUCUGAGAAAUGGAAAUGAGUCUGUACGAAAGUCAGAACUGUGGGUUGAGAACGGGAUCUAGGCGGGGGGGCUGCUGGCAGUGAUGUGCCUUGACAACCGUGGGCUGGGCCCAGGGACUCUUCCUGUUUUGAAAGGAAAGGAAGGGAAGAAUCGCACUGAACAUUCCACUUAGGAAGAGGGUAAAGAAAGAUCUGCAGCUGCCUCAGGCCACAGGACCCGAGUGGACCUGGGGUGCCCCAGACGGUUUCUCUUCAGGGUGGACAGUGACCUCUCUUCAUUCUUCAGGGGUGAGACAGCAGCCAGCUAACCUACGGGAAUGACACUGUGGGUGAGGCCUUGUGAACUGCUUCUGAGAGGUUAGCCUGGAAACCCACUUGGAGGCAGGGCGAUGGAGGGCUUCAGGACUUGGCUCCUGCCUCGGCCCAAAUCUGCAGGUGGCUCUGUAGCCUCCAGGCCAGCGCCUUCCUGUGGGGUCAGUAGGGCGAGGGCCACAACCCCUAACUUGUAAAAUAAUCAUAGAACCAUUGGAAGGGACCUUAGGGUUCCCGAAGCCUUUUGGACAGAGGGGCCAGAAGUGGAAACUGACAUUCAGGGUCACAGAGGAAGCUACCAGCACGGCCAGCCCAGAGGCCCUGAUAUCACACUCGGAGGCCUUAGCACUGCUUCCCGUCCACAGAGCUUCCUUCCCAAAGCCUUGCCACUGCCUCACACGGAGAGGGGUUAGUGGGGCCCAGUCUCUCCCGCAGGCUGUUCCUGGAAGUGAUUUGCUGAGGGGACCUAGGCCUCAGGGGGUCCCUUGUUGGUAGUGAUGCAGAAGAGAACAUUACUGGUUUCUACUUUUCUAUAAAAGCAUUUCUCUCUGUACAUGUUUUAUAUACCUCAUUCUGACACCUGCCUAUAAAGUGCAGGAAAUUGCUCUGCAUUUGACUUACAUAAAUUAAAAA